AUGGACAAUUUGCAGGCAAUAUCGCAGCCAAGUCCAGUCAAUGGAAGCAGCGUCAACAGCAGCAACGAGGAGCGCUCAAGAAGCGCUUCGCUCUCUAAACUGAUACCGAGGUCUUUCAGGAAACCUAGCGGGUCAGGAGCUGAUGCUGGAUCAGUCGCUGGAUCGACUAUUCUGCCAGCGAAACCGCAGCAUGAGCCGCUGUCACGUGCGGAGUCGGUUAACGCGGAGGCACCGUUACCAACAGACUCGACAGAAACGUUGUCGGAAUCUAUAGAGUUUCCCGCUGAAACUCAGCAAGUUGAGAAACUGUCCAUACGUCUUCGCAAAAUGUUCAAAAAAUCGUCGCCAGACCGCGGACCUGCUGCAACAACGACAGCCACAGAGGUCACGUGCGACCCUCCUACAGCAACGUCGUCGAACUCACCAUCUUUACGUGCAUUGCAGGUUGCUGAUGGGAUAGAAGGUCCGGUACUUGCUGCUGCUGCUCGCAAAGAAGUUGGAAGCGCCCGUUUCGAAACGACAUUGGGCAGAGCCAGAUCGCCGUCCACGCCUAUCAUGCCGAGUCACAUGAUGUCGCCGAAUGCCAAGACCUCUCGCAACGCCAGAAGUCCCCCCGCGGGCGCCGCUGAUGGACAUGGGCCCGCUUCAGAUAGGCGUAAUAAUAGGUCUGACACUGUUCGAAGUAGCAAUCCCUACUUCGCCUGCCAAGGCCUCCCUCCACAUGCGUUUUCAUCACAAGAAUUCGAUCCGGCAAAUCUAUCGAGCGGGACGCGCUACGAAGACUCCACCGUGUUAAUGACUCCACCUGCAACAAGCUCCACUGGUGUCACGUCGUACUUUCACAACAGCUACCAGAAUGCCAGCAAUAAGUCUCUGAACGAUAUCAAUGAAAAUGAGGAAGUCGACGUUUUCAAGUCUUCGGAGCCACUCAGUUCGCCCGCAGUCCCCAAGCACCCGACCGGAAAGGUUUUAACAGCUCCGGUUGCAUCUUACUCCGCAUCAUCUGUCAGUCCCCGGAUAAUCCCUGAGAGAUUACCUUUCCAUCCUAACAUUGUGAUUAAACAAGACUGCGACUCUGAUUCUGGACAGGUAGAAAUGUCACCGCUGCCCCCUCCCGGAAUGAAUACCCAAUCUUCAAAGCCCAUUUUGCGGAGAGUAGCCUCAGAGCCGAACGCUUUGCAAACAGAGCAGAGUUCGCCUACUGGAGCAAAAAAUAUUGACGGAGAACGCGGUUCACCUUUACUACCUUCUUCGGCUAAAACGUCACCCAUCGCACCAUUUGCGGUUGAGGUGGAAGGACCACAGCGAUCUCGCCGCCUGAGAAACAAGUCCUUUAGCAGCAAGUUCAAAGAAGUCAUCGUUGGGCCUACAUCCUUUGAGAAGAUUAAGCUUCUUGGACAAGGUGAUGUAGGUAAAGUAUACCUGGUCAAAGAAAGGAAGACGAAUAGACUUUACGCGCUCAAGAUAUUCAGCAAAGCCGAAAUGAUUAAGAGAAAAAAAAUCAAAAGGAUUUUAGCUGAGCAAGAGAUAUUGGCUACCAGCAACCAUCCCUUCAUCGUUACUCUUUACCACUCGUUUCAAUCGGAGGAUUAUCUAUACCUGUGCAUGGAAUAUUGUAUGGGUGGUGAGUUUUUCCGGGCCUUGCAGACCAGGAAGACAAAAUGCAUCGAAGAAGACGAAGCCCGCUUCUAUUCCAGUGAAGUUACUGCUGCCAUCGAGUAUUUGCAUUUAAUGGGCUUCAUUUAUCGAGAUUUGAAGCCUGAAAACAUUCUCUUGCAUAGAUCAGGACACAUCAUGCUUUCUGAUUUUGACCUCUCUGUUCAAGCUAAAGAUACCAAGGACCCCGUUGUCAAAGGUUCAGCUCAAAGUUCAUUGCUCGACACUAAGAUAUGCUCAGAUGGUUUUAGAACAAAUUCUUUCGUGGGUACGGAGGAAUACUUAGCACCGGAGGUGAUAAGAGGCAACGGUCACACGGCAGCUGUUGACUGGUGGACCCUUGGUAUCUUGAUAUAUGAAAUGUUGUUUGGAUUCACACCCUUCAAAGGUGAUAAUACAAACAAAACGUUUUCCAACGUCUUGAAGAACGAUGUCGUAUUUCCGAACAAUAACGAGGUUUCGAGAAGCUGCAAAGACCUGAUAAGAAAACUGCUCCUCAAGAAUGAGAGUAAAAGAUUGGGGUCCAGAUUUGGGGCUAGCGACAUCAAGAAGCAUCCCUUUUUCAAGAAAGUGCAGUGGUCACUUUUGAGGAAUCAGGAACCACCUCUCAUUCCUGUCUUGACCGAAAAUGGGUAUGACUUCACAAAGUUGACGAGCAACACCAAGGGGAAUGGUAAGGGCACCACGACCGGCGGAAAUGCGGUAGUAGAUGAGGUUGCCGAGCAAGAAAAGAUUAUGUUUCAAGAAAAGGUCGAACGAGACGACAUUGUUUCUGACGAUGACCCAUUUCACGAUUUCAACUCCAUGAGUUUGAUGAAGCAGGAUAACAAUUCAUUGAUCUAUGGUGACCAGAACUCUUACGGUAAAGUGUCAUACACACCAAACCAAAAUCGGUCGAGAAGCAACAGCCAUCGCUUCUUCAAGAGGUAA